GUACUCGCGCCUCUCUAGGCCACCUCUAGCUCUGUGGUGACGGAGGCUGUAGUGGCUGUCUGGUCUGAAAAGAGUGGCGGGAGCAGCUCUACUCCCUCCACACCUACUCGGGAAGCGCGGCUCGCUUCCCCCUGGCUGCGAAGGGCUGUCGGACGCCCGGACCCCGCCACAAAGCGCAGGUUGACUUCGCGAGCCUUGCGGGCAUUGAUCCGGAGUUUUAUUGUCGAAUCUCAUCAGGUGUUUCGCGAUCCGCAGCAGCAGGUGUCGGCACCGGGAACGUCCCUUGGGGCCAGAUGUGCAGUGGACAUGCCCCUCCUAACUCCACAGAUCCAAGAUGAGAAUGAUUACAGCUUAGUGGCCAGCCUUGACAACGUUAGGAAUCUCUCCACUGUCUUGAAGGCUAUUCAUUUCCGAGAACACGCUACCUGUUUCGCUACUAAAAAUGGAAUCAAGGUUACAGUGGAAAAUGCAAAGUGUGUGCAAGCAAAUGCUUUUAUUCAGGCUGGAAUAUUUCAAGAGUUUAUAGUUCAGGAAGAGUCUGUUACUUUUCGAAUAAAUUUAACUGUCCUUUUAGACUGUUUAUCUAUAUUUGGAUCAAGUCCUAUGCCAGGGACUUUAACUGCACUGCGGAUGUGUUACCAAGGUUAUGGUUACCCUUUGAUGCUCUUUCUGGAAGAAGGAGGGGUGGUGACAGUCUGUAAAAUCAAUACUCAGGAGCCUGAGGAGACUCUGGAUUUUGAUUUCUGCAGCACCAAUGUCAUUAAUAAAAUUAUUCUGCAGUCAGAGGGGCUCCGUGAAGCAUUUUCCGAAUUGGAUAUGACGAGUGAGGUCCUACAGAUCACCAUGUCUCCCAACAAGCCUUAUUUCAGGUUAUCUACUUUUGGGAAUGCAGGAAGCUCCCACCUUGAUUAUCCCAAAGAUUCUGAUUUGAUGGAAUCAUUUCAAUGUAAUCAGACCCAGGUCAACAGAUACAAGAUUUCUUUACUGAAACCCUCUACAAAGGCAUUAGUCCUAUCUUGUAAGGUGUCUAUUCGAACAGAUAACCGAGGAUUCCUCUCAUUACAGUAUAUGAUUAGGAAUGAAGAUGGACAGAUAUGUUUUGUGGAAUAUUACUGCUGCCCUGACGAAGAGGUUCCUGAAUCAGAGUCUUAAGUAUGGCAUUCGCUGUGAUAGCUGUCUUGACAUUCAUGAUCGGUCACAUUCUCGUUCUGGGUAUAGUACUCUCCAGAAUACUGGGUUUUCUGAAGGGAAGAAGCAUGGAGGAGAUAGGAACAAGGUCCAUGUACCCUAAUAGUUGCUGUGUAUUUUGUAAGUAAAUGUUUUCAUGUAGUCGUAGAUUAACCAGUACUGGACUGGACUGUGGUUCUGUCUUUUGAACUCAUGGGACUCAUUUUGAGCCAAGAUGAACAACUUAUUUAAGUAGGACACGUCAAGAGUCUAAAAAUGUAAAGUUUGGUGAUUCUGUACCUGAAAUGUUCUUUUAUUUACUUACCGUUAGAAAAAGCAGCAGCAUCUGGGCACUGAUUAUUAGUUUGACUUCCGGACUGUGUCUUAACGCGGUGGUCCUCAGAGUAUGGUGCCUGGACCGAGAGCAUCAGCAGUACCUGGAGACUUGUCAGAGAUGCUGGAGGGUGGCCAGCUGUCUGUAGCUUCAGUCAUUUCCCCCAGGAAAUUAGAUGCAUGUUCAAGUUUGAGAACCACUAUUUUGAAGGAUACGUUUAUUUCUUUGCAUUUAUAGCAUUCAAUUGCAUUGAAGUGAAUGCUGUUACAUGUGAUUUCUUCCCAAAUGUUCACAAGUUUACACUUUGCCAAACAAGUGUGAGUAAUUGUAUGAUUUACCUUUAAAGUAUACAUUUUAGAGAAAUCUAUGAACAAGAUAUAAAAGUCUUCAGAGUUACAGAAUUUCUUCUCGCUCUCAGAACUGUUCAGUGCAAGAAGUACUGUAGUAAGUACUUAGAUACCUUCUAUUUGCUUAUACGCGUCUCUCAACCAAACCAAGUGUAGAAAACCAGUUAUCAAGUGAUUUUGCACUUUCUUGGGUCAUUUUCAAUUAAUUUUUAUGGCAUGUAAAUAUUUAAUAAAAUACAAUACUAAAAUUACCUGACUUGUUUUGUAACAGAGAAAUAUAUAACCAAAAUAAAGGUCCGUACAUGUGGUAACAGCUCUGUGUGGGGCAGCACUGUUGGCCUUUGUGGGUAUGAUAGUUCUUCAUAGGAAAAACAUCCCACUGCAGGAUUCAUUUAGCCUCCCUGGCCUCGGGCCCCACUAGUGCCAGUCAUUGUGACCUGCGAUUCUCCCCUCCCCUCCCCAAUAAAAAUGUCCCAUGUUAUUGAUGGCUAAGAACCAUUGAAUAAUAUUCAUCAAAAGGGUAUAUUUGGAAUGCCUACCUUAAAAUAGGCCACUUGGCAUUAGAGGAAAUUGAUUUGGAGAGCAGUUCAGCAAGAACUUCAUGGAAAUGAUCCCCCAGAACAGCUGUGGGCACUGUUCCCAGGCACAGGGGCUAUUCUGGUGUGUAGCCCAGAGUGACUACCUAAUAACUACGAAGCCCCCCAGUAAUCUCGGCAUGCUAGCUGGUACAAAAAGUGGAGUUUUGUAAAGUAUAUGUUCAAGAAGUAAAUGAAUGAAUCUACAUCAAGAACAGAACAAAUCUAAAAGAUAAUUAUGAAAAUAUUUCAUCAGUCAGCAUUUCAAGGACUAUAAUUUUCCUUUAUUUUUUAAAAAACAAUUUUAAGUUUAUUGAUUUCUUUUGAGAGUGAGAGAGCAAGUAGGGGAGGGGCAGAGAGAGAGAGAGAGAGAGAGAGAGAACCCCAGGCAGACUUUGCACUGUUGGGGCUCAAACUCAACAUCCAUGAGAUCAUGACCCGAGCCAAAGUCAGACACUUGCGCACCAGAGCCACCCAGGUGCCCCCUAUAAUUUUCCUUUAAAAUAGGGCAGUUACUUUUGGUUUUUGUUCACUGGUACGUCCUGUACCUAGAAUGGUGUCUAUUCAAUAAAUAUUUGUUAGGUGAAAGAACCUCCAUUUCAGAUUAUCUUUUAGCAUUUUAUUAAUUACUAUUUCAUUUCAGUUACUUAGCUCUGAGUUGAUCUUGAUCUGAAGUAUUUUUUAAAAGUUGAACCUGUGAAGAAAUUAAAAUGUAUAUUGGUUCAGUAGGGAAAGAUUGACAUUUUUGCACAUUUAAGAUCAUCAUUUUAGCUGCACACAUCUUUAACUAUUUAGGGUUCGUAAGCUAAUGAGUGUAAUUCUUUCUACAUCACCCACCAAGGUACUGAUUUAAUAUAGAAUUUCCUAUUUAGUGGUUUCUCUUUGACCUCAGAAUUUACUUUGUACAAGUUCCCUUGAAAUUCCAGCAGGGGGAGUGCUUCCUCAGGCAGACUGGGACACUUUGGUGACUACAAAUUCGUUUCAUGUGUCACACACAGAAAAAAUAUAAUCUUAUUUUGAAGGCCUUUAGUUUUUCCUUUUUGCAGUUUAUCUCAUUUUAUUUUCAUUGUGCUUACUAGGGAAUGUGUAGUUUUUUCCUCCAUUUUUAAUGUUUUUCCCCGUUUGAUGAUACUGUGCUUCCACCUGCAAUUGAUGAAAUGAUUCAAAAUAAAAACGAUUUUUUGAA